GCCCCGGGAGACAGUACAGUACAUACGCGAGGCGAGCCGGCGAGGGGAAAUCGAGUAACGGGCGCCGGGCGGCACCGUCUGACCUGCCAAAUUGUCCGACCCCCCGGGCCCCGGGGCUCUCGCCGUUUUUUCCCUUUCCUUUGAGGUCCCUUGGCCAUCCCAUCCCUUCGCUUCCACGCACCAAUCUUGUCCCGGCGCCUGCCAAGUCCAGGAACAGGUUACAGGUGUGGGGGGAGCCGGGCAGAGCAGCAGAAGCACUAGCGGGCAGCAGCGCUUGCCGACUGACGCCAAUGGCGGCUCCUUCCGCGCGCCUGCUGCUGCUCUCCCUGCUCGGGUUCUGCGUCGCGCUCAGCCACCAGGAGUCGUCGUCCUCGUCGUCGACGGACUCGUGCGGCGCGGCGAAGCUCGCGGUCGCCAGCCUCGUGCCCUUCGACUCCACGGCCUUCCGCUGCGUCGCCGCCUGGAAGCAGCAGGACUUCGUCCUCAGGUACAAGAACACGGCGCCGAGCGAGUGGAGCUUCGUCCUCUCGGCGCCGGACAAGGGCUCGUACGUGGCGGUCGGCUUCUCGGGGAAGGGCGCCAUGGUCGGGAGCAGCGCCGUCGUCGGGUGGGCGUCCAACGGCAAGGGCACCGUGAAGCAGUACUACCUCGACGGGAAGAGCCCCGACGACGUCGCCCCGAACAGGGGCCUCCUCAAGCUCGUCAAGAACAAGUCCGUCGUCGUCUCCCACUCCGGCCGCCUCUACGUCGCCUUCCAGCUCAGCACCGACUACCCGCAGCCGUACCUGAUCUUCGCCGUCGGGCCGGACGGCAACCUGCCGCCGUCCAGCACCCUGCGGCUGCCGAUGCACCAGAACAUGGCCUCCCGCGCCUUCAACUACACCUCCGGGAUAUCUUCCAACGCCGGCGGCUCCGGCGACAACGCGGCGUUCCCGCCGGAGGGGAAGCACGGGCUGCUGGCCAUGAUGGGGUGGGGCGUGCUGAUGCCCAUCGGCAUGAUCACCGCCCGCUACUUCCGGCAGCUGGACCCGUGCUGGUUCUACACCCACAUGGCCAUCCAGGUGUCCGGCUUCGCCAUCGGCAUCGCGGCCGUCGUCCUCGGCUUCCGCCUCAACGAGGACGGGCUCAAGAACGUGGACGUGCACAAGGCGCUCGGCAUCGCCAUCCUGGCCAUGGCGUCGCUCCAGGUGAUGGCGAUUCUUGCGCGGCCGGACAAGACGUCCAAGGUGCGGCGGUUCUGGAACUGGUACCACCACAACAUCGGGCGCGCGGCGAUCCUGCUGGCCAUCGGCAACAUCUUCCUGGGCCUCUCCAUCGCGCAGGAGACCAACGCCUACAUCGUCUCCUACGGCGUCUUCGUCGCCGUGUGGGUGGUCGCCGUCGCCGCCUUCGAGAUGAAGCGCUGCUACGCCGACGACGACUGAUCCCGUCGCGCGCUCGCUCCACCCCGGCAGCAGCGGUACCGGUACAUGACAUUCUGAACAAGUGGCCAUAGGACGAAACUGAUGGACGUACGCAAAAAAGAAAACUAAGCGUUCACGACCAGUGAAGUGAAGUGACACACACAGACACACACACACCUGUUCUUGUUCCUUAGCUCACAACUGGACAGUGCAUUCGGAAGGCGUGCUUGGUCGGCUAAAAUUUGUGGGUUUUUUUUUGGGGGGGGGGGGGUGGGGGGGGGGGGGGGGUUUUGGAUGUGAAGCAGGGGGGGCGGACUGCCUGUUUCUAGCCUAGCUGGACGCUCUGAUUCAUAUUUGUACAUUGGUACAUGGUCGUGUUUGUGUUGUAUUUGUACCAUUUUGGACGAUAGCUUGUUCUUCACUUCCUUUUUUUCCGUUUCCACCGUGAAUUGAUCAAUGAUAGUACUAUUUUGCUGAUUCCUGAA